AUGUCUGAGUCCUACUCCAGCUCUUCGUCCUAUUUCUACAGUUCUUCGAGCAGCACUGACGACGGCACCACCGCUACCGGUCAGCGCUAUGCUACGUACUCGCAGACCGAGCCGGAUGGAACCACAACUGUUCGCACUUACCGUCAAGAUCUCGGCGAACCGGCUAUCGUGGAUGAGAAACGCUAUGAUCAAUCCGGUCGGCAAUUGACGGCUGAUGACUCUUCAGCUGGGGGAGUGCGCCGCAUCACGGAUUUGGAUGAGGAGGGUGGGGAAUCUUAUGACUAG